ACCUACAUGGUAUCAUAGUCCCGGUUUAAACAACACGAUGGCCAGUGAUUCUGAUUCAUCACACACUAGCAACCCUACCUCCCAAAUUAGCCCUAUGACAAAUUACGAGUCUCCUAUUCAUUCAUCUAUGUUAAUCACUAGCCAUAGAUUGAAUGGAAAGAACUAUUUGGAAUGGUCUCAAUCUGUCAAGCUCGCAAUUGAUGGGAGGGGAAAACUGGGCUAUCUAACAGGAGAAAUCAAAUCAAAACUUCCUGGUGAGGAAGGCUACAGUACAUGGAGGUCAGAAAAUUCCCUUGUAAUAGUCUGGCUUCUCAGUUCUAUGGAGGCCUCAAUUGCUAAACCUCAUAUGUUUAUGAAGACAGCAAAAGAGGUUUGGGAUUCCAUAAAGGAAACCUACUCAGACCUUGAAAACUCUUCUCAAAUCUUUGAGUUUAAAACCAUUCUCUGGCAGUCCAAACAAGGAGAUAGAGAUGUCACCACUUACUACAAUGAAAUGGUGUCUCUAUGGCAGUAGUUGGAUCAGUAUUAUGAUGAUGAAUGUGAGAGUGCAAAAGAUCUGGCCAAACACAAAACAAGGGAAGAAAAUGAUAGGGUUUAUAUGUUCCUGGCAGGAGUUAAUCAAAGUUUUGAUGAAGUGAAGGGAAGGAUUCUGGGAAAGAAGUCUUUGCCUUCAAUCAGGGAGGUCUUCUCUGAAAUCAGGAUUGAAGAAAGCAGAAAAAGGUUAUGAAUAACAAUCCAGGACCCCAUACUCGUAUUGGAGACUCCUCAGCAUCGGUGGUCAAAGGAGAAGAAAGAAAGAAAUCAUGGUGUGAUCAUUGCAAGAAGCUGUGGCAUACAAGGGAAACUUGUUGGAAGAUCCAUGGAAAGCCACCAGGAGCAGGAAAAAAAAUUUGAGAAAGCUCUCAACACUACUGUGACUGAGACUCAACAAGAGCAAGAAGUUAAUUCUGAACAACUUCCUUUCACAAAGGAACAAAUAGAGCACCUACUCCAGUUUCUAGCUACCCAAAAAAUAUCCAACCAGGAAAACCCUACUUGUUCUUUUGUCCAAAAUGGUAAAAUUAUAUCAUAUUUCUGUUCUGAAAAAUUAAAAAACACCGGCGUCAUUGACUAAGGUUUAACAGACCACAUGACCUUUAUUCCAAAUUCCUAUUCUUCAUAUAAACCUUGUGCAGGGGAUAAAAAGUCAAAGUUGCAGAUGGUUCUUUUUCAGCCAUUGCAGGGAUGGGAAAUGUCAAGAUUUCCUCAUCUAUUAACCUUUCUAAAGUCCUACAUGUUCCAAAACUUGCUUGUAACCUUGCCUCUUUUAGCAAGAUAACCAAAGACCUUCAGUGUUGUGUUAAAUUUUAUCCAUCUUAUUGCAUUUUUCAAGAUCUGGCAUCGGGGAAGAUGAUUGGCAGUGCUAGAGAGGAUGAUGGACUCUAUAUCUUUGAUGAUGGGACUGAAAUAAAUAAAGUAGGUCAAGAAAAAACUUGUCUGCAAACUAUUUCUUUUCCUUGUAAUAAUGAGGUGUAUUUAAUGCACUAUAGAUUAGGUCAUCCUAGUUUUUAUUACUUGAAAAAAUUGUUUCCUCAAUUAUUUCAUAAUAAAGAUCCUUCAUCGUUUCAUUGUGAUAUGUGUGCACUUGCAAAACAUCACAAGAAUUC